UCAAAAAUCCUCGCACACACAGCCCAAGUUCCAUAUUGAGUUCGCGCGCCUUUCGCUUCACGCUGCGAAAAAAAUACGUUCGAUAUUUAAAAAUCGUGCUAUAUCGAUAAUAAUAAAAGAAAUAAAGAUAGUGUGAUUGUGUUCGAAAUUCAAAAUGGUCCGUAAAGUUCUGUGUUGCCUCUAUAUAUUUUUUGGCGUCCUUUUAAGUGAUAGUGCUAUAUCAGGCGAAAGCGAAACACGAUGUCGAAGUCCAUCUACCGCACCGCAGAAAAUCGAGCAGGUGAUCACUCGCUGUCAAGAUGAAAUCAAAGUCUCUAUAUUGAGAGAGGCCCUAGAUGUGAUUAAGGAAGAGCACACGAUGCCCACACAACGGCGACGAAACAAGAGGGAGGUGCCAUUUACUCACGACGAGAAGAGGAUUGCGGGGUGCCUACUGCAGUGCGUGUACAGGAAAGUGAAAGCAGUGGACGGCUAUGGUUUCCCUACACUAGAAGGUCUGGUCGGGCUGUACUCUGACGGUGUGAACGAGCGAGGCUACUUCAUGGCCGUGUUGGAGGCCUCUCGCGAGUGCCUCAUGAGGAACCACGACAAGUUCUCCCGGACUGUACCUAUGGAUAACGGCCGUAAUUGUGAUGUAUCCUUCGACAUCUUUGAAUGCAUCUCAGACCGCAUCGGCGAGUAUUGUGGGAACUCUGGAUUGUGAAAAUACAUAUAUAUUUUCCUACAUUUAUUUACAUUUUUUCCUUUUAUAUUUUAAAGACAUUUAUGAUAAGUCGAAAGAUAAAAACGGAUCCUUAGUAGGUAUAAGAAUAAUAUCAUUGUGAUAAAAUUGCACUAAAGUAUAACCUUUAUAUCUAGUAAUAAUUUUUAAGGAUGAAAUCCUAUGUUUCAGUGUCACUUAUCGUAUUCUUUUGCAAACAAAUGUUAUAAUAAAUGUUAGUUACCAUUGAAGAAUUCUAAUUUAAUGUUAAGAAGUUAUACUCUCGUAAUUGAUUUUCAUUGGAUUUGCAAUUUUAUUUCAUCAAGAAAUUAUUUAUUUUUAAUUUUAUUUUUAUUUUAAAUUUAAAUUUAUAAUUUUAUUUCAUAAAUAAGUAAUUGAUUUUCUGUAUGGUACCAUUACAUCGUCUCUAUUUUACUAGUGUAUAACUCUUAAGCUUCGAUACACCUGUAAGUUUUACUCACGUAAGAAGCUAACGUAAUUAAUUGACAACUUAAUAAUGUAAAUGUGCUCAUACUUACGAGUGGUUGCAUUAGUAAAUUUAUCAUAAGUUAAUCAUGUAAGCUACUUACGCGAGUAAAACUUAGAGGUGUAUCCGCGACCUUUGAAGGUAGAUAAAUUAGUUUGUAAGUUAGAAUAAAUAAUAUUAGAUAUUGUUUUAAAAACUACUAAAUUGUGAUGCUCAUUAACUAUUACCACUUUAGUUUAAGAAAAGACGUGUACGUACCUUCGUAAGUUUUUGAAUACAACAAACAGUACAGUAUAACAAUAAAAUUGAAAAAAAAUACUAGUUAAGAAUUUCAGUAGAUGAAUAGUCCAAUAGUUUUCACUAAAGUAAUUACUUAACAGCCUAGCUUUUAACGGUGAAGGGUUGGACUGAAUUCCGAAUGAUAGUCUGUAAGUAGGUGCAAAUCCUUGUCGUUCAUGUUCAAAUUCUACCCGUAUUAUAAGCACCUACUCCUAUUAUUAGUCACAUCAAUGAACCCCUAAGUAACUUAAAAAAAAUAUUUUCAUCACCAUCAAUCCCUUGCCGGCUCACUACGGAGCACAGGUCUGCUCUCAUAAUGAGAAGGGCUUGGCCAUAGUCUACCACGCUAGCCAAGUGCGGAUUGGCAUACUUAAAAAAUAUUACAUGAAUUAAAAACACACACAAAACUUCUGUCUGUAACUGUAAAACUGUAACUGUAAAAUAAAUGUCUCCAAACUUCAUCUGCGUGGUGGACUUUAGGCUAAACCCCUCUCAUUUUGAGAGGAAACCCUAGCAUUACAGUGGCGAUGGGAUGAGAUAGGGGAUGAAAUGUAAAAAUAACAAUAAAAUAAUACUAAUCUGUUACUGUCUUACAUUAUUCAUAUUGUAUUGUAUGUAUCACGCACCAGCACGUCUAUGUACACCUAAUCUUACUACUUAGAUCUUAAAGCUUUAUAACGAACUGAUAGAUUAAUUUUGUUUCUAAGCUAAUUUCAAUAAAUAAUGUAAAUAGCACGAAA